GAGGGACUCACGCACGUUGAAACAGAUCAAUUCUGCCGGGGAAUUGUGAAAUACACAAGGUGAAAAAGAAAUCCCGCAUUUGUUUGAAUCAUCGCAGCAGUGUAUCUGUUGUAAAAAGCAACCGGGUUCGGAUAAUCUCGCUCUGUCUGGGGUUGCUUGGGUUGAUUUAUCAGUGCUGGUAGCGAAGGACUUGGAAUCCCGCUUGUGUCAUACCUGUGGAACAAAGUCCUUGAGUUUGACUAGGCUUGGGGAUAGAAAGGCGUGAAAUAGCUGUGAAACGAACAAGAAGCGAACUGGGUUCUCUGGGGAAAGCUAAGUUGCAGCGACUUGCAAGUGAGCGAAACGGACACGCCAACUUCACACUGGAGAAUCAAAGUUGGAGCGACGUACUCUGUUGCGUGUGAAAGGAGGAGAAAUUGAAGGACAGCGCUUUGACUCAGGGUAAGAGGGGGGGCAACACACCGACAAGCAAACCCGCCUUUUUUACCUCCUGGUCCUCGGCCAGAACCAUAACGGUUGCUAUGUGACAGACCUACGAGUAACACAAAAUCCAUAUACACACAGCAGCACGCGCGCCCACACACAAACAACCAUACGCCCGCCUGCUCAACUUCCUGCAUGCUUUUUCGAAAAAAAAUUCCCCCACUCCGCUCUCACACCAUAAGAAAUGACCUACUUCCGCAUCACCCUCAUUCGCUCCGCCAUCGGCCUUCCCCGACGAACAACAGGUGUCUUAAUGGCCCUCGGUCUCAAAAAGCGCAUGCAAACCGUCUUCUACCCCGUAACACCUGACGUGGCUGGACAGAUCAUGAAGGUGAAAGAACUGGUAUCGGUGCGGGAGGUUGAGAAGCCGUUGACGAAGCUGGAGGUGCAUUUAGAGCGGAAGCCGGAUCCGGGAUAUUACAUGGAGAAGACCGCAGAGGAGGUGUUUAAGAUGAAGAGAGAGGCGUGAUUUGGGAAGGGCUGUUUGUUUUAUUUCCCCUUUCUUUUAUAUGUAUAGAUAUUCUGUUUGUUUCGUUUUGGGAGCUGGUCAAUGGGUUAGGAACGCUCCAUAUUAGCGAUGCGAGCGAGUCCACAACAACGACAACCACCUACUUUACCUGACGAGGCCGCGGGCAUGAGAGCGGAAAAAUCCCAUCUCGUGUUCCUCCAUCCCGGCCACGAUCUAUCAUUCAUAUAUGAAGACUUCUCACUCCCGCUCCCGAUCUUACGGAAGCAGGAAAUUUUCCUCCCAUGCCUUUCGGAUGCCGCAAGUGCUAACAUUCACGAAUCCCCUCAAUCCAACUCUCACCCCGCCCCAGCUUUUUGUAUGUACAGUACAUGUAUGUACAUGUUUGUAUACUAUUAGAUCGAACUACCGCUUUUC